GAACGUCUAAUAUUUAAAGGAAUUAAUAUAUAUACAUCUUAAAGUGUAGUCUCCCUCCAAAUGUAAAGUAGCCUUAGUUUUCUCGAGAGAAUAGAAUAUUUUGUGUAAUCUAAGAUUAAUAUGUAGACUUGAAGUGAUGCAAUGCGAAGCAUAUUAAUUUGGUUUAGUGUUUUACAUCUAAAAUAAUAUACUGUAUAUACUAUAUAAGAAAAAUGUGGUGUUUUGAGAUACAAGUGUUGGGAAUACUUAGCUUUAUUAUUAGUCUCUUAACGUUAUCCAGUACUGCUAGUUACUCCUCCACACUACAACCCAAAGUUGAUACCAAAACGAUCAAUUCCCACAUGAUCAAGACCAUACAGAGUGAAGAUGGAGAUAUCAUUGACUGCAUUGAUUUGUACAAGCAGCCAGCAUUCGAUCAUCCCGCCCUACGUAAUCACACCAUCCAGAUGGCACCCAGCUAUAAUAAGGCCGCAGAGAGAAAUGAUGAUGAUAUUAAUAAUAGGGAAAUAAGAAUUAGUCAAGUAUGGAAAAGAAGUGGAAUGAGUUGUCCAAAGGGAACCAUUCCAGUUCGACGAGGAAUAAUCAACAGUAGACUUACUACAACUGCUGCUAAUAUUAUAAGGAAAACUCCUCCACACCAUUCACAUAAUAACAAUAAUUUGUCUCUUCUACAAACAAACCACUCGAAGGCAAUACUGCUUACAGUAGGGUAUAGAUAUUUAGGAGCAAAAGGAGACAUCAAAGUUUGUUAUCCUCAAGUGGAGAAAGACGAUGAUUACUCCACUUCUCAAGUUACACUCUCCAAUGGUGAUUACUAUGAUUACGAAAGCGUCGAAUCAGGAUGGGCGGUAAACCCGCGUCUUUAUGGAGACAGACAGACUCGAUUCUUUGUAUAUUGGACGAGUGAUGGUUCAAAAACAAGUGGUUGCUUUGAUCUAACAUGCCCAGGCUUUGUUCAAACGAGCAAUGAAAUAGCUCUUGGCGCAGCAAUCUACCCAACAUCCUUCCCUCAUGACCUUUCUUACGAAAUAACCAUUUACAUUUUCAAGGAUGCUGAAACAAGCAACUGGUGGGUGGAAUACGGAAAUAGGAUAAAGAUAGGGUAUUGGCCUGGGGAGCUAUUCAAAGAGCUGCGUUCGAACGCGGACAGCGUGGAGUGGGGAGGAGAGGUGUACAGCGAUAGAGUGGGGCACACACCACACAGUUCCACCGCAAUGGGAAAUGGUAGGUUUCCUGAGGGAAUGUAUGGAAACUCAGGCUACAUUAAGAGAAUCCGAAUCCAUGACAACUCUCUCUACUUGAAAUUCCCUGAAUGGGUUGAGACUUACACUGAUGAGUACAACUGCUAUGAUGUUGACUAUGUUGGAGAUUAUAUUGCUGACCCUGAGUUUUACUAUGGUGGCCCAGGAAGAAAUCCUAUAUGUCCUUAACAAAACAAUGUCUAAUAAACCCAAUUAUAUCUACCUGUCCUCAUCAUCUUCUUUCUAAUUUUGUCUAAACAUGUACAAUUAAUAAAACAAUCUCAUCAUCUCCUUAGUUCACUUCUCUGCA